AUGAUUGUAGCUAUAUAUUCAGUGAUGUUUUCGGCACAAAAUUGUCUUUCAACCAAUGUUGAAAAAUGUGUCAAACACUGCAUCCCAAAUCAGUGCAUGAAAGUAGCCAAAAAAGCAGAUAUGUCUAUUUGUGAAGAAGCUUGCAAAAAGUUUUGCAACAAACAU